UCGAAUUGUGUUGUACAUGCGUCGCGUUUCAGCCUCACAAAAAAAAUUGAAGGAAUUUUUUUUUCAAACUGAAUUUGUCUCUUUAUCUAUUUUUGUGUGGUUUAUUAUUAUUUUUUUGUGGAACACCAUCUCUCUGCACUACACCAUUUUACUGAACAUGGUAAACAAAUACAACGAAUAAAUAUUAACGUAAACCAAAAGAAUAAUAACUGAGGAAGAUUAGCAUGAGAAAAUGAAAUCAACACAACAUUAGAUUAUAGUUAAAAAAAAUCGAAAUUGGUCGCGAUUGCAACAUAGACAAAACGAAACAGUUGUUGUUUUUUCUGUUAUUCCAAUUUCAAACAAACAGUGAAAAGUUAUUUGAAAAAGAAAAAAAAACAGCAACCAUUAGAAUACAAAAAAGUGCAUUUUAUUUCUGUGCAAUCAAAUUGGGGAGACCGUUGUUUGGAGAAAACGCGUUUGUCUGUGCAAAUGGAUUACCAAAUUGAAAACUAAACACAAUUGAAUUGUACUUUUUUUGACAUCAAAUUGAAAAAACACCAUCGCUGAUAUUCGGAAAGAUUACAACGUACCCAGAAGUAAUUGCAGAAACGUUUUUCGGGAAAUGACGGAUUCGAUUGAAUAAUAAGGCGAAAUAGAAAAAUAUUGAAGCGCGACUGAAAGCAAAUUGAAACUACCAAACAGAAAAUAAAAGAAAAAGCGAGAUAGAGAGAGAGUAAGGAAUUCAAAGGGAAUCCAUACAAAUAAAGUAUUAUUGUGAAAAAUGCAACAACACUUUAGUAAUAAAAUCGUCAAAUUGUAAGAAUACAGUCUCGUUUUAAACAACGUGGAACGCUCGCACAUGCACACAUACUGUCACCGCUACAAAGCAUAUGUUAAUACUGGAUGCAAAAAUCACGUCACUCGUUGAACACACGCACACAUACAGCAUUUCGAGUCAAAAAUUGACAAAAAGCAACGCUACGACAGAUAAAACGAACGAAAACACAAAGAAACGAGCGACAAACAUAUGAUUGUGAUUAAUUUGAUUUCGUUUAUAUUUGCACGUCGUUUAAUAUUUCUUUAUUGCAAACGAAUGCAAUAACAAGAACGGUUGCCACCAUCGCAAAAUCCAACUUUUUAGAACUUUGUUCCAAACGUAAAUAUAUAUGACUAUGCGCUGACAAAGUUGAAUUACAUGUUGGAUCAAAUCAACUGUACUUUCUGGAUAUAAAUAGCUGCUUCUUUUCAAAUGGAAUCUUGAUUUUCGCUACGCAUACAUUUUUGGCGAACAAUUUUGGGUUUCUUGGUAUUUCAAGAGAAACAUAAGACCAAGUGAACAUUUUUUUUAUUUUAAAUUGAAUGUCACGUUGCAUUUCUACACAUUACACAUCGAUACACUCUGUAUACGCACUUGUAUCUGCAACAAUUUCUAUGAGAAUGAAGCAUUGAACGGUAAACCAAACGUAUGCCAAUGUUGUUUGUAAACUAAAAAAUCACUAAAAAACAAGUGAAGUGUAUAAUGAAAUCAUAAUCAUAAUCAUACACAACGUUGUAAAAGUAACGAGACAAAUUAUAUAUAAAUGCAGAAGGCUGACUGUUACUUCAAUUUGACAAAACUAAAACCAUCUAAUUAACAAACACACAAAGAAAAAAACAAAAUCGUCGACACAAAGUUAAAGGCAAAGACAAAAGAAAGUUGUAACUAAGAAAUUGAAAAAAAAAAAACGGAAAUCGUAACGCCAAAAUACACACAAACUGUAAGCUUUAUUAUUUUAUAUUUUGAGACAAAUUUAAUGGUCAGUCUUCGUGAAAUAUUUGCGUCAAAACCAUAAAAAUUGUAUUAAAUAAAGUCGUCAAUUUCAAAACAGAUCCAAAUCGGACAGCAGAAAUUUAUUGGAAAAAAACAUUUGUGUGGCAAGAGUUGCGUGUAAUUCCACAACACUGAUUCAGAAUCGGAUUCUCGUUUGGCUGGCCAAGUUUUAAGCAAAUUUACGAAAUUAAUCAGAAAACAAGACGUUAAGGAAGUGAAAGAUAAACAACAAACGCGCGGAAAAAAAACAGUGUAUUCGCAACGCCGAAUUGAAACUCUACCACAUUUUGUGAUAAGUGUAUGGGAAAAAUCUAAUGGCGGCCGUUAGUGGGCCAGCUCGCCAAUCAAGAGUUUCAAUGAGCGUUUCAAUGUCAAUUGUUCAAGGUGGUGCGGCUGCUCAACAGGGUGCCAUACUUGCAGCCGCUGCUCCUUAUUAUCAGCCAGCCGCGUCACAAGAUGUUGUACCAGAUAGACCGAUUGGUUAUGGUGCAUUCGGGGUUGUAUGGGCUGUGACGGAUCCACGCGAUGGACGGCGUGUUGCAUUAAAAAAACUUCCAAAUGUGUUUCAGUCGCUGGUAUCCUCCAAACGAGUAUUUCGUGAAUUGAAAAUGCUAUGCUUUUUCAAACAUGAGAAUGUCCUUUCAGCUCUUGAUAUUCUACAGCCACCUCAUCUGGACUUUUUCCAAGAAAUUUAUGUGAUAACUGAAUUACUUCAGUCAGAUUUACACAAAAUUAUUGUGUCACCUCAACAUUUGUCCGCCGAUCACAUUAAAGUGUUUCUCUAUCAAAUUUUGCGUGGUCUCAAAUAUUUGCAUUCGGCGCGAAUACUUCACAGAGACAUAAAACCCGGCAAUCUACUGGUGAACAGUAAUUGCGUUUUGAAGAUAUGUGACUUUGGUCUGGCCCGAGUUGAAGAACCGGAUCAAUCAAAACAUAUGACUCAGGAAGUUGUCACACAAUAUUACCGUAGCCCGGAAAUUUUAAUGGGCUCAAGACAUUAUUCGGCAUCAGUUGAUGUAUGGUCAGUUGGAUGUAUAUUUGGCGAAUUGUUGGGACGACGAAUUUUAUUUCAAGCUCAAAGUCCGGUACAACAAUUGGAACUAAUUACCGAAUUGCUAGGAACACCGUCAUUGGAAGAUAUGAGACAUGCAUGCGAAGGUGCACGAUCCCAUAUGCUGCGACGGGCUCCAAAGCCGCCCUCUCUCUCCGCUCUCUACACACUUAGUUCGCACGCAACACAUGAAGCCGUUCAUUUGUUGUGUCAGAUGUUGGUGUUUGACCCGGAUAAAAGAAUAUCAGUUAUUGAUGCAUUGGCCCAUCCAUAUCUUGACGAGGGCCGUUUACGAUACCAUUCCUGCAUGUGCAAAUGUUGUUUUACCACAUCGUCAGGACUGCGACAAUAUACAAAUGAUUUCGAACCGGCAGCUGCCCAACCUUUUGAUGAUUUGUGGGAACGUAAACUUACAUCGACACAACAAGUUAAAGAGGAAAUGCAUAAAUUCAUCGCUGAGCAAUUACAAACUGGCCGCGUGCCAUUAUGCAUAAAUCCCCAAUCUGCAGCGUUUAAAAGUUUUGCCAGUUCGAAUGUUGCACAUCCAUCUGAAUUGCCCUUCGCCUCAUCAGUGGGAAUGACCAAACCAAUGGAAAUGACAGCAUUAUCGUAGAGCACAAGCAGCCUAGGAAUAAAAAACAUUCUCUCGGCAAAUAAUGACAUCAAAAACAUCAACAAAUGCAACAUCAAAAAAUAAAUAAACUAUAUAAAAUAUAUACAUUCAUAUAUUUUAAAGUGACUACCAAAUGAACAAUAUUGAAGAAGAAGAGAAAGAAAAAAAAAACAUUUAAAAAAAUUUGAAAUUGAAUUCAUCAUGAGAAAAAGCGAAAAUUGGAGCUGCCAAAAAGUACAUAUAAACCAGUAUUUGCAGGAAAGAGAGAGAAAAAAAUUACAUAUAUACGCAUAUAUACGCUAAAACGCAGCACUGAGUUAUCUAUUGAAUGUAGUUCGAGUAGUUGAGUGUAGCAUCAAUUUGUUUUCACAUAAAGAAGCAAAAACAACAAAACGAUAAAUUUAGUGACUGAUCAGGCUUCACAGCCCAGAUUAGAAUACUGGAAUAGAAAAAGAAUGAUGAAACUUCACCUCAACAAUGCAAUAAAGCGGAAAAGAGUAAAAUCGAACAUUAAGUGAAACCAACAAAAAGAAAUGAACGAUAAACAUUUAAUUCAGACAAAGCAAUGUCAAAUCGUGAUGGAAACAACAAAAACGAAAAUAUUCUUCACGAUUCUAAUAUGUAUUUCAUAAUUUUUUUCACACAAGUUCUUUAACAUUUUUCAUUUAAAAAAAAAAUGUUUUCAUUUUCUUCUUAUUUGAGUAUGUGUAUCGAAUCAAAUCACACACAAGCAUUGACACAUACAGAAAUGCAGCAUUAACCAAUCUGAUGAAUUAAAAUAGAAAUAAACAACAUUCAACCAAGCCUUAGGAUCGUACGUGUGCAUCGACGACAAGUUAAAUGAAAAAGAAAAUGAAACAAAUAAUUCUCAGGCAACAGAACCACUGCCCAAAAGCUUGAACACAGGCAAAUACACAUUCACACACACACAAACAGAAAUACGAAUUUUGGCAUUAAACGAAAUAAAUUAUCAAUACUAGAACAACCUCAACAUCCGAAUCGAUCAAACAACAAAUAGCGACGAAAACAAAUUUAAAUUGUGUAUUACAAGUUUUUGUAUGAACAUCUUUCUUAAUUAAUAUGUAUAAUGCUUGCUUUCUGUCCACUAGACAUAUUCUGGUGGCGGAACCACGGUUGCGAAUCAAAAUUAAUAAACAUUCACUCUUCUUUCUUUCAUUUUUAAAUAAAAACUUUUUACCACAUUUUUGAUUCAUGACAAA